GCUCCAGUCGUGUGAUUCAUAAGACACAAAUAUUAUAUUUUAAGAACUGAAAAGUAUUUUUCAGUCAUAAAAGAUUCGGUUGUAUAAAGGUUCGGUAUUCAAGAUGAGAUUUUUAAUUAUCAGCUUAGUCUUUGUUUCUGUGAUAAAUGUCGACGCGAACGUUGGCGAGAAGGUCCGGCUCGUGGAUGACCUGUUUCAAAAUUAUCACAAGGCGAUAGAGCCUGUUGGACCUAAGGAUGACCCGCUCAAUAUCACCCACAUGCUGCAGAUCAGGCGUCUGGUGGGAUAUGAGGACGGCAUUCUGACCCUGGACGUGUGGGAGACGCUGAGCUGGGAGGACAAGCGGUUGGGUUGGAAACCGGACGCCUACAGCGACCUUGCCAGCCUCAGUCUGCCCACCGACAUGCUGUGGACCCCGGAUGUUGAGCAGCUAUUCAGCGCGAAUGAAUUACUGCCCAAGAACACAGAGCAUGCUCGUCGUCUGCAGCUGUUUUCAGACGGAACUAUUCUCUACCCCACCCACAACCAGAUCAUGAAUACCUACAAAUGCCAGGAGAACAAGGAGUGGGUGUCAUGUGACCUCCAGUUCUCACCGUGGACUUACGACGGAACCGUGAUUAACGUCAUAAAUCAGGACGACGUGCUCAACUCGGACCUGCUGCAUCCCGGAAAGAGCAGCCUCCACUUCGUCUCGGCGUCUGCGAGACGUAACGUCGUCACUUACGCUUGCUGUCCUCAGCCUUACGUCGACGUCACGUAUACGGUGACGUUCAUUAAGUUGCCGAAAUCCGCUUGAUACGUUUCUGAACUUACGAGAGUUUAUCGUGCUUCCAACGGUUUUCUUUUCGGCGAUGAUGUUGUUUUUCGAUCAAUUACUUAUUAAUUCAUUAAUAUUUGUAAACAGCUUUCCAGUUAUUGGUGUGUGUUUUUUUCACGUAACGGUAUUGAUAACAUAGAAUUAGUGAAAUACCACUGAAAACGUAUUGUGUGUUUAAUGUAAAUGAUAUUGGUACCUUUUCAUUCUAGGAGAAUAUCAAUAUUACUAACUUAUGGAAAAUAAAGUACAAAAAAGACA